UCAAGCCACACAAUGCCAAGCCCCGCCAAAGCUCUGUUCCAUCAGGUGUCAAUUCAAUUGCGAGGGUAAAAGCAAGACAAACAAACAAACAGACAAUACUAAUCGUCUAACUACUUGCCUCGAGUUGAUUUCGUCCCUUUUUUCUUGUGUGUGUGUUUCUGUCUGUCUGUCUGUAUGUCUGUGUGUGUGUGGUUCAUUUCUCCCUCUUUGCGCAACACCAUGACGCGAUUCUUACGAUAGUACCUGACUGCAAAAGACCUCGUACCUCGGCGGUGGUCGAAUACAGCUGGCGGCAAAACGCAACAAAGUAGCAAUUUGUAUUGCGUCACUGACAAUUGACUCGCAGCUAACAAGGUGCAUACAUUGUAUCUGUCACUUGAAAAUCACAAAGUGACUGCUUGCGUGCUGCGAAGCGGAUUUUCUGACAAGGCUCGAACAGUCCGUUCAUCCCCUUGCCAAGUACAGUACAUAUAGUUCAGACACAGGCACAAGCAAAGCAGCAGCAUAAGCACGCCUGGUCCGAAGAUGCCGACCAUCGCAUCCACUUCUACAGCUCCGCCGCCGCCACUGCUUUCCGCCGCCCCUCCCGGCCCCGGCCUUAGGCGGUCCGCGAAUGGAAACGGAAACGGAAACGGAAACGGCCAUGGCACAAAUGGCGGUCCCCAUCGACGGCGAUCGAAUAUUGGCACCACCGGAGAGCCGUCGGCUGGGAAUGGCAACGGUUUCGACCACCACAGGCGCCGCUACUCCAAUGUUUCAUCGGAUCCCGAUACUUUUGACAUCAGGAGCUUAGGGCCCGACUUUCCUCCCGAUACUUUCGACAAGCCUAUGCGACAACAACUCCUCAACUGGCAGUCGGUACCCCUGGUACUUGCACUCCUUCCGGCCAUCGCUGGUCUAUUAUUCAAGAACGGAAGUGAUUUUGUCACGGAUGCUCUGCUUCUUGCUCUGGCUGCGGUGAUCCUCCACGCUGCCAUCACCAAACCUUGGACAUGGUAUCAACUAGCGCAGGAGAUUAGACUGGUCGACCAGGUCCCAGACGUCGUACAUGAAUCUUCCGAUCAAGACGAUGAAUUAUCUUGUGAAGAUGGCGAAUCCAUGGAUGACGAGUAUUCAUUCAAACCUCGCACUCGCGCCCGUCUAGGGAAGAAGAGAAAGACGUCUCCAGGCGAAACCAAGCUCACUGAACGGCAAAAGCAGGCCAUGGCCGAACUUCGCCUUCAUGAGACUUUUGCGCUAGUCUCUUGCUUCGCAUUUCCUGUCCUUGGAGCAAUCUUAUUGCAUGUGAUCAGGAGCCAGCUCAGUAGGCCGUCUGAAGGGCUAGUCUCGGACUACAACCUGGCCAUCUUCAUACUGGCUGCAGAAAUCCGUCCAGUACGGCAUUUGCUCCAUCUGUUCGAAUCGCGUACCUGGCGUAUGCAGCGCAUCGUGGCGUCAAACCCUUUUCUCAAAUCGGAGCCCCAGUCCAUCGCCCUGCAGCUUGAUCACCUUUCGGAGCGUAUUGAUCAGCUCGAGACACGCGCCGCGGCAGACGAUACAGAUGCUAUUUCCGAAGCUACCUCCCAACGCAGGGAGGCGAUCCUGCGUGACGCCAAGACUCAAAUACAGCCCGAAGUCAAGGCUCUGUACCGCACUGUCAGGCAGUUUGAGAAGAAAUACAUUGUACUCGCUGUGCAGGUAGACAAUCGACUUCACUUGCUGGAUAGGCGCAUUGAGGAUGCCAUUACGGUUGCAGCACACGCAGCCAAAUCGUGUCGCCCACGCCCGAGCCUCCUGCGCACUACUAGCGAGCAGACUCUUGGGCUAUUAUUCUUACCGGUUCAAAUAACCAAAUCUCUCUUGUCCCUCCCGUUCCGACUCCUCGGCACCGCGGUUGGCUUGUUCUUCAGAGCGCCGCGCAAAACUAACCGGGGCUACCGCAGCGGUCGAUCUUCACGGUCUUCCAGCGCAUGUGGCGACAGGUCAUCAAGAGCUUCGUCUCGCCGCUGAGAAUUACGGGAUUUUGAUGGCAUGUGUGUCAAAAAAAAAGUUACGAGGAUGAAGGGUACGAGCAUACAGCUGGGCUUUUGCACACGCACAUUGGAGACACAAUUGUCACCUCACGGGACGAUUUACGAAAAUCUCGAUUGCAUGCUGGUGAACGGUACAGCAUUGCGCUUCCAAUCGCGGGAAUCGCUCAGAGCUGCACCCCCCUCAUGUCGAUUGGUGCAUUACUUUGGAUUUUCAGGUUUUUAAUAUUCAAUCAUGUCAGCAUCACGAAUGUGGGAUUAUGGGUUCAUGGUAGCGUUUUCAGUAUAUUUUCUACUUGCUUUUGGGCAAUAAAACGAGGCAGAGGGAAAAAUGACACCUUAGUUUAGAGUGUCGGGUUUGGUUGGAGGACUGAUGGACGAUUGGCUCUACCUAUGUUCGAACUAAGUUCUAGACUAGAACUAAGUCUGGACCCUUCUUUAAGACGACAGAUUAGCCUGCUUCAACGGGCGAAGGCAGAA